AUGUCAAAAGAAGCACCAAACUGGCCAAUCGACGGCGGCCAUCGGGCCUGGCUCUCGACCUUUGGAGCCUGGUGGGCUAUGUUCAUUACCUUUGGUUGGGUCAAUUCCCUCGGCGUCUUCCAGUCAUACUACGAACAAACCCUCCUUCCAGACUAUUCUACCUCGUCCAUCGCAUGGAUCGCAUCAGUCCAACAAUGUCUUACAUACAGCAUGGGUAUCUUUCUCGGCAAAGUGUUUGACAACUACGGUCCACGAUGGCUUCUCGUCGUUGGAGGUCUCGCGCAGGUGUUUGGUCUCAUGAUGACGUCUAUAUCGACAGAGUAUUACCAAGUCUUUUUGUCACAGGCUAUUUGCAGUGCCCUUGGUGCCAGUGCUGUUAUGUACGGCACCGUUGGGGCGUUGGCGACCUGGUGGAAAAGUCGAAGGGCUACAGCGUAUGGGGUCGCCAUCUCGGGUUCAUCAAUCGGUGGCGUCAUUUUCCCGAUCAUGGUGAAUCGCCUUAUGCCUCGCGUUGGAUUUGGUUGGACUAUGCGAAUUGUCGCAUUCAUCAUUCUGCUUGGAGCUCUUUUCUCAAUGGCGACAAUUCGAUCGAACAGAGCCCAUGUACCAACAGCAUUCAACAUCCGGAGCUACAUCACCCCGUGCAAGGACGUGAGAUUCGCUCUUCUCUGCUUAGCCUUGACCUUUUUCGGCUUCGGAUUGUUCCUCCCAUUUAACUUUAUUCCUCUGGAGGGACAGUCAAUCGGAAUGUCGUGGGACUUAUCUAUCUACUCAAUCGUUAUUCUCAACGCCGUUAGCGUCUUUGGUCGUAUUCUGCCAGGCUUCCUCGCUGACAAGUUCGGGCGUUUCAACAUGAUGGUGAUAUGCACAACCAUGUCAGCUAUCCUGACUCUGGCGGUUUGGCUUCCUGGGAAGUCGAAUGCAGAAUUGCUCUGUUACUCGGCAUUCUUUGGCUUCUUUUCCGGUUGCUACAUCUCGUUGACUCCGGCUCUUGUCGUUGAGGUUUCACCGCCUUCCGAUAUUGGCCAUCGUACUGGUAUCCUCUAUUUCUGUAUCUCUAUCGGUGUUCUUGCUGGUAGUCCCAUUGCGGGUGCACUUGUGGAGGCUAAAGAUGGUGAUUAUACGUACCUCAAAGUGUUCUCUGGUGUGACCAUGUUAGGUGGAGCUAUAUCAAUUGCCGUUCUUUGCCUCUACAUCAAAAACCUUGCAAAGAAGCAAAAGGUGGAAUCGCAGGAGCAGGAGUAG